AUGGAUGAAAAGUUUGUGAUCCUGGUACAGAAGGUCCCCCCUGGUUUCCAGCUGACUGUCCAUGCCUCCUACCAGUGUGAAGACGGACACAGCUGGGAAGCAUUUGGUCACUACACAGCUGAUGCCAGCGGGACUCUCAGCUGUGUGGUGUGUAUUGGUGGGAGUCAUGUGCAGCCGGCAGACGGAAGUGUGGAGCAAGUACUGAAAUAUAUGCAUAAAAAUUCUGAGAAGACUCGUUUCAGUGAGAAGAAUGAGAUGAUCUGGCGAGAUCUGCUGCUGCCCAUCCCCACUGACCCCUCACUCAAAGUGGAUGUGGGACGACUCCAGUGUCCUCUGAUGCUGGUUGCAUGUGAGGACGAUCAGAACUGGCCUGCCCCUGAGUCUGCAAAGGAUAUGAAGGAGAUGAUGGAGCGAGCAGGGAACAGCCACCUGCUGACUGUCCUGUCGUACCCGAAGGCAGGUCACCUGAUCGAACCACCAUACACGCCACACGCCAGAGUCAGCAUGUUCAAAACAGUGGGAAAACGUGAGAAGUUGAUGGUUCUGUGGGGCGGAGAGACGGUGGAACAUUCUCGUGCUCAGGAAGACGCCUGGAGGAAAAUGCUGGUAUUUCUGACGGAGAAUCUGUUUCCCACCU